CACACACACACACACACACACACACACACACACACACACACACACACACACACACACACACACACACACACACACACACACACAGCGAACAGAGGAGCUCCCCAGCAGUGUUGGAUAUGACUCGUCCACUGAGGCCGUUUGGUUUUUGAGUGACAUUUGGGAAUAACUGCUUCUUCAUCCAGUCAGGAUGUCGGUGAAGCUGAGAUUCGACUCUCCGUCCGAUGGAGGUUUGAUCCACAGGAGCCGCUCCUUCACCGGAUUCAGCUCUCUGACUGGACGACGGCGGCCGCCGUCUGUUCGGACUUCUUUUCGCUCCAAAGCCAAAGCUGGAGGUAAAUCACCCAGGAUGCACCUGUCUCCCAUCAAAGGAGGAGCGAAUCUGUCUCUGCAGCCGGAGGAAGUGGACCGAGUCUUCCAGGCACUACGCAAAGGACUCAAGGAAUAUCUGGACGGCCACCAGGCUGAGAUGGACUUCCUGUCUUCACAACAGAGAGAAACCAAGAGAAACUCCAGACUGGCCUUUCUGUACGAUCUGGAGAAGGAGAUCAGAGCGCUGGAGAGAUACAUACGAAGAUUAGAGUUUCAAAUGAGCAAGGUGGAGGAGCUGUAUGAGACGUAGGGAGCGGUCAACAUGAAGAGAGCUUUCUCACUGUCACCGUCCAGCCGAGCCUCCAGAGAGAGUCUGCUGGAGCUCAACCGCAACCACAGACACAGCCUGCAGGACAUGACAACGAUGGAAGGAGAGUUAGAAAUCCUCCUCGGAGAGCUACACAUCAAAAUGAAAGGUCUGAUCGGCUUCGCUCGGCUCUGCCCUGGAGACCAGUACGAGGUGGUGGUGCGCUUGGGCCGCCAGCGCUGGAGGAUCAGAGGGAGGAUCGAAUCGGACGACACGCAGGCCUGGGACGAAGAGGAGAUGGUCUUCCUCCCGCAGAUACAUCACAACUUUGAGAUCAAGGUGAUGGAGGCGAAGGGUUUGGGCUGGCUGCUGGUCGGCAUGGUAACGUGUGCGAGCGCCGACUUCUUCGUGGUGAGGCCGCAGCUGAUGUUGGUGGACGUGACGGAGCUGGGAACCAUCAAACUGCAGCUGGAAGUCACCUGGAAUCCGUUUGACAGCUCAGAGAAGAUGCGUCCGCUGUCCGUCAGCAGGCAGUCGGUCUCCAGCAGAAAGAGUUCAGUUUACAGCUGGACGGCACCGAGCACCCCCUCCUUCACAGAGAAAUACUUUAUAUCGAUGGUGCGUGAGCUGCAGGUUCGAGAAGGUUCCCUCCCGUCGCUUGUGUCCAAAAGUCGUCACAACCGAGGAGGCGUGUCGUUGCUCAGCUACCUGUCCAACCCGUCACACACCUCCCUCACAUCACCGCAAAGCCCCAACACACCCAGUCUCAGGUGGACUCACAGUUACGCCUCCAGCCCCAGCCGAGGCACCAGUCUGGGAGGAAGUCAGACUCAGCUGUCUCUGGGUGAGGAGGGGUCGUCAGAGAUCUCUGCAGAGGAGAGGGAAGGGAGGAAGAUGAUGGAUGAGAAGGAUGAAGAGGAAGAGGAGGAUGAGGAUGAGGAGUGGAGAGAGGUGUUUGAUUCUUCGUCCACACCAGCGGAGAGUAAAAUGGGGUCGCUGAUGGCUCUGCAGAGGUUCAGCACUCCUGACAUCCUCAGAAAGAACACAGCUGGAGAACCAGAUGUUGAGACACACAGUACGGUCAGAGGACAGGAAAGCAUCAACGUGCAGGACUCACCAGAAUCUCAGUCAUAUUCGGCUCCCGUCUCUCCUUCACCACCCACUCCUCCUCCUCUUCUUCCUCCUCCUCCUCCUCCUCCUCCUCCUCAGCCCCCAGCCGUAGCCCUCCCCUCCUCUUCCUCCUCCUCUUCCUCGCCCCCAGCAGCAGCAGCAGCAGCAGCAGUGGAGGCUCCGGCCUCGGGGAAGCCGGCGGUGAGCGGAGCCCAGCGCAGAGCUCAGGCGCUCAGACUGGGAGCUCUGGUAGCUGAUCUGGAGAAAACGCUACGGAGUCAAAGCUGCUCCGAGAAAGAGAUGAGAGCUCUGGACAGUCAGAUACUGCACCUGGCUACUAUAUUAAAGAACGAUCUUUCCCUGAUGAAGAGUUCGUCAUCAGAGGAGACGCUGGCUGUCGAGGAAGUCCUGGAAAGCUUCGACUUCCUGUCUAAUGACUUCAACGCCGAUGACGACACUUCCUGUUUGGGCAGCGUGAGGCUAAAAGACAGCGGCUUCAGCUCUCUGCAGCAGAGCACCCUGAGGAGUCUCGGCCUUCUCUCUCAGGACAGCCAAUCAGCGUCUGAGGAGGAGCUGCUCAUCACUCCUCUCACUUCUGGAAACUGGGGACUGGAUCAGGCUCUGGAGACCCACCUGGACAUCUGCUGCAUCCUGCUGCAGACGAUGAAAUUGACCGACUUCAGUCCGUCUCGGAAGGAUCUGCUGGAGGAAAUGUCUCUCCAAGCCGAAGUCCUGGACAGAGUCAGCUGUUUGCUGCUGGAGAAGAACGACAACCUCUCUGCUGCUGACAUCUUCCCUAAGGCUCAGAGAAAGAGGGACACGCUCUUGUUUUGGGAGGAGUGCGUUAACGACAGCAGCUCUCCUUUCUGUUGCCAUGCCGACUGCUUCUCCAGGACGCUAAAGAAGCGUUACACACACAAGGUGAAGGCCAAGCAGCCCGGCCAAUCAGACAAAGUGUUUAGUCAGCUGCUGCAGCAGAUCCAGACGGCCUGCCGGUUGGUUCCCAGCGCUCGGCCGCACUGCAGCCCAGACAGAGUCACCGUCUUCCAGCUGUCUGUGUAUCUGAAGCGCUGGAGCGUCCCGGAGCUGGGAGAGCACAUCUCACGCCUCUCUAAAGAAGAGUACAUACUGUCUUCCCUGAGGAGCUCUAAAAGGAGGCGAGCUCUAAACAAGCUGAGAGGACGCAGCAUCUCGGAGCUCCUCCCGCUGAGCUGCACGCUGCACACUCUCGCCGCCCUGCAGGUCGACUCCAACCACAAAGUCUGCAAAGCUGCAACCAACUGUCUCUGCAGAGCGGCUGGGUGCAAAUCCUUCAGGAGCAAAGCGAUAGUUUACUACACGGAAAGUCUGAAGAGCUCGAACGUUCAAACCCAACAAGGCUCCUGUCUGGCUCUGAAAUGUCUCAGGGCGACAGAGAGCGUGGACCACAUAGCAGAUCUUUGGACAUCAGCAGAUGAAGAUCUUCGCGGCGCUGCCAAAGAAACUGUCCUGUCCUUUGGUAAGAAGGGUUACCUGGCCUUCCAGCGGAUGGACCAGCUGUACGCUGACAUGCAGGAGGAAGUUUACCAGAACAAAGAGACUGAAAUCACAAUCCUAUAAAUGAACUUUACGUCUGGACCUGAAUUAAUUACGCUUGUUGGUCUUUUAUUUUCCUAACGGGACAACAGGAAGAGUCUCGGUGAUCCUCUGAGUGUCGGGAGGCGAGAGACUUCAAAUUAAACCCAGUUUGUGUUUUUUUAAAGUUGGAUAAAGUUUAAGAGCCCAGAAGAAGCAUCUCACUUCCUGUCUACCUGUUCCUUCACAAUAAAAGACACCAAAGUGCGGCUGAAGAUGUAAAGACUCUCUGUGGAUGGAUCGCUUC